GGUAGCGUUCACAUCGCGACUUGGAAGAAGAAAUCGUGGUAAAAGUGCUCUCUGGAUGUUGAAGCUUUCUGGCUAAGGACUGUUGGUUUUUUGGUGAAUGGUCCUUCUUGAAGUGAUAGUUCUUUUUUGUUGAAUUGGAAUAGCCUUGUGCAAAGUGAAGGUUUAAAGCUUGAAUUUUCAUCUUGUGGUUGAAAGUUUAAAGUGGGAUGGUCAUAACUCAAAGAAAGUUUGAAAUUUAUCAACUGAAUAAAGUGGUUUUUCAGUGCAUCUGGAAUUUAAGUAGUGUGAAUUAACGAUUGCCUAAAUUUCUAUCAGUAAUAAAAGUUCUAAGCUGUAAAAUAAGUGAAACAUUCUCGAGGAAAACCGCUCGAAGGAAAACGGGCUAACAGGCUAGGACGAAGAAAUCAAAGAGAAAGUAAGUGGGUGUAAAAGUGCGAACAAAUCAUUGAAUCGUUUACGACUCGAGGGGCUAAAAGUGGGUCCUCUCGAAAGAAGACAAAAGUACAAUUAAUGAGUUAACUUUGGUGCUUGCGACGGAUGGUGUCAGCAGAACCUGUGUCGAGUGCGGUUCGUUGGGUUUGUUGGGUGUGAUAUUCUGCGGGCAACUGUUUAUGAGAAAAUACGAGACUGUGGUUUUGCUAGUGCGUCGGCAAGUGGUGAAAAAGUGGAAAGAAAAGUGAACAAUUUGUUGACAAUUACGAGCGGUGAUUGUGGGGCUCGGUUGUUGAAUGUGCUCAGUGAUUCAGAAGGCCAACGGCUAUUCGUGAAUUUUGUACUGGAAGUUUUGUGCCGAACUGCGAAUAGCGAACCGAAACAGCUGCGGACCUUGAAAAGAUCAACUGCCUCAAGCGGAAGUGCAACACGUCGCACAAACUGAUUGCCCAUCAUAUCGCCACAUCGUCAAGCCAUUCUGCGUUGUAUCCUGCCGACGACGGAAGCGGAACCAAUUGAAAGUGUCAUCGGUAGUAAUUAAAAGUGAUUGAAGUGAGUCGUUGCGCUGAUUGAAAGCAAAAAACAAGGAUCUCAUCGCGCGUGAGUGAGUGUUCUUAUGUGCACCUGCAUCCGUGGCGUGCCGUUUCUCGGUAGACAGCAGUGUUGCCAUAUUUGAAUCUGUAUUUUGAGGUUAAAAAUUUGUUAUCGUCUGUACGAAUAAUUUUGACAAAAGAUAUAUGCAUACAAUCUGUAUGAUUUUCAGAAAUUCGUCAUGAAUACCUGUGCAUACAGAACUUUGUGUGAGUAUCAAUGAAAAAAUAGUAUAAUUGCAGAAAAAUAUGUAUAUGUGCCAUCACUGAUAGACAGUGAAGUGAAAUCAACUGCGUAGUGUAAAUUUGGAAGCGCACGACUGGGGAGACGGGAAGGAUUUUAUUGGCACUCCAAACUGAAGAGGUGUGCUGCAGUGAGUGCACAUUGAUGUGAAUGAUCGACGAAGGUGCUACAAAAUGAUGUCACAGCACUUGAAUUCGAUGUUGGAGCAUCUGAAAAUGGGCUCGCUGAUGAGCAAAGGCCAGCGGAGCAAUGCGGGUAACGGAAGCGUCACCAAUCACAUCGGUAAUGGCUUCAACAACAACAUCAGUACGGGUACAAACAAUAACAACAACAACAGCGUGACGAGCAUACAAUCGCCGGAUAACAACGGAUCGGUGGUUGAUGGAUCGACAAUGUUCCACGAACCUCGUGUCGACGGGGUCAAGACGAUGAUGGGCUCGAAAAUUACCCCGACCAGCGUCACCGAUCAAGUGGCCAAUAAUCAGCAGAGUAAAUCUAAUAACACGCUAACGGAAGGAGCGACGAUGAGUACGACGGGACACAGCAAGUAUGACCCUUCUCGUAAACGAUGCAGCAUCUCGGUGCACAGUCAGCAUAAUCACCCGGGGGGAGGAGGGGGAAGCAGCAGUAACUCCAAUGGAGAUGCCAUCAGACCGGGUGGGGGUGGCUUCCGUGAACUAUCGCCCCAAUCGCUGCGAAUACACCGGAAAUCCUCGCAUGACAUUCGCAUCCUGGGAGCGGACGGCGAGAUGCUGAUGGUGCACGAGGGCACAGGCAAGAUGCCAACCGUGGUGAAACCGAUCAAACUGAAGAGCAUCACUACCAAGGCUGAGUCGUACGACACGCUGCACGGGCGGGCCACUGAUGUGAUGCAUUGCUCCAGGGAGGUCUGCAUGGGUAGCGUGAUGCUUCCGAACAUCGUCGGAACCGAACCAAGAAAACCGGAUAUCGUACUGCAGCACGCCAAGGAGUUCCUGGAUCAGUACUAUUCGUCCAUUAGAAGGCUAAAAUCACCCGCCCACGAAUCCCGCUGGCAGCAGGUGCAGAAGGAGGUCGAUUCCACCGGGUCCUACCAGCUGACCGAGACGGAGCUGAUCUACGGGGCGAAGCUGGCGUGGCGAAACUCCUCGCGCUGCAUCGGACGGAUCCAGUGGAGCAAGCUACAGGUUUUCGACUGCCGUUACGUUACGACCACCAGCGGAAUGUUUGAAGCAAUUUGCAAUCACAUCAAGUAUGCUACCAAUAAGGGAAACCUCAGAUCAGCGAUAACGAUAUUUCCUCAACGAACGGACGGCACGCAUGACUACCGCAUCUGGAACGCCCAGCUAAUCUCCUACGCCGGCUACAAGGGCCAGGACGGGAAAAUUGUCGGCGACCCGAUGAAUGUCGAGUUCACUGAUUUCUGCAUCAAACUGGGAUGGAAAAGCAAAGGAACCGAAUGGGACAUUUUGCCGGUGGUGGUUUCGGCCAAUGGCCACGACCCGGACUACUUCGACUACCCCUCGGAGCUAAUACUGGAAGUGCCCUUCAGUCACCCUCAGUACAAGUGGUUUGCCGAAAUGGGCUUACGGUGGUACGCUCUUCCGGCCGUCUCAGGAAUGCUGUUCGACUGUGGGGGUAUUCAGUUUACGGCAACGUCCUUCAGCGGGUGGUACAUGUCUACGGAAAUCGGGUGUCGAAAUCUUUGUGAUAUCAACCGGAGGAAUCUGCUAGAGCCCAUCGCUGUGAAAAUGGGUCUGGACACGCGGAACCCAACCUCGCUGUGGAAGGACAAGACCCUGGUGGAAAUCAAUAUCGCAGUGCUGCACUCGUUCCAGAGCCGAAACAUCACCAUCGUGGACCAUCACACGGCCAGCGAGAGCUUUAUGAAGCAUUAUGAAAACGAAACCAAACUGAGGAACGGCUGCCCAGCGGACUGGGUUUGGAUUGUGCCGCCAAUGUCUGCCUCCGCGACGCCCGUUUUUCACCAAGAGAUGGCCCUCUAUUAUCUCCGACCGUCGUUCGAGUACCAGGAAUCUGCACUCAAAACGCACAUUUGGAAGAAGGGACGAGAUUCAUCGAAGAAUAAGAAGCCUCGAAGGAAGUUCAACUUUAAACAAAUUGCCAGAGCCGUCAAAUUUACAUCGAAAUUGUUCGGACGGGCCCUUUCAAGACGGAUCAAGGCGACGGUCCUGUAUGCAACCGAAACCGGACGCUCGGAGCAGUAUGCAAAGCAACUGGUGGAACUGCUCGGACAUGCAUUCAAUGCACAGAUCUACUGCAUGUCAGACUACGACAUCUCGUCGAUAGAGCACGAGGCGCUCCUUCUAGUCGUGGCAUCCACUUUCGGCAACGGAGACCCCCCGGAAAAUGGCGAGCUCUUCGCCCAGGAUCUGUACGCGAUGAAACUGCACGAAGGUGGCCAUAAUCAGGCUCAUAGUGAGCUCAGUAUUGCUGCCUCGUCGAAAUCGUUCAUCAAAGCCAACUCCCGCAGCGAUAUGGGCAAACUUGGACAGAACAAUCGAAAAAUCGACCGACUGGACUCGCUGCGGGGAUCUACCACAGACACCCUUUCGGAGGAGACCUUUGGACCGCUGUCCAACGUGAGGUUCGCAGUGUUUGCUCUGGGGUCGUCUGCGUAUCCGAACUUUUGCGCCUAUGGGAAGUAUAUCGAUAACAUUCUCGGGGAGUUGGGCGGCGAAAGACUAAUGAAGAUGGCCACCGGGGACGAGAUUUGCGGUCAAGAGCAGGCUUUUAGGAAAUGGGCACCGGAAGUGUUUAAGAUUGCAUGCGAAACGUUCUGCUUGGACCCGGAGGAAACCCUUUCUGAUGCAGCAUUUGCCCUACAGAGCGAGCUAUCGGAAAACACAGUCCGCUUCGCCCCGGUCAACGAAUACGAACGGCUGGACGUGGCGCUAUCCAAAUUCCACAACAAAAAGGCAACCGAGUGCACGCUGAAGCGGAAGGCAUUGAAUCUGCACGAGGGCACCAACGGUAGCGAGCGGUCCACCAUUCUGGUGGAGAUUGUUGCGGAAGGGAUUGCUUACGAACCUGGUGAUCAUGUAGGCAUCUUCCCAGCCAACAGACCUGAAAUCGUUGACGGCAUCAUAGAACGUCUAUCUGGUGUGGAUAACCCUGACGAGAUUCUUCAACUGCAAGUCCUGAAGGAAAAACAAACGCAAAAUGGAGUCUACAAAUCAUGGGAACAGCACGAACGUCUUCCGAUAUGUUCCCUUCGAACAUUACUUUCUCGAUUCUUGGACAUCACGACACCUCCUUCGCGACAACUUCUAACAUUCCUGGCCACAUGCUGCGAUGACAAGAAGGACGAAGAGCGUCUACUAAUGUUGGCAAAUGAGUCAUCGGUCUACGAAGAUUGGCGCUACUGGAAGCUUCCCCAUCUGCUAGAAGUGCUGGAAGAGUUUCCAUCAUGUAAGCCCCCGGCGACUGUUUUGGUGGCUCAGCUAAACGCUCUGCAACCAAGAUUCUACUCAAUCUCCUCUUCACCCCGAAAGUAUUCCAACGAAAUCCACCUCACGGUAGCCAUUGUCAGUUAUCGAGCGGAAGACGGUGAAGGAGCCGAACACUACGGAGUCUGUUCCAACUAUCUGGCCAAUUUGGACGGAGAGGAUAAAAUGUUUCUGUUUGUGAGGAGUGCUUCCUCGUUCCACAUGUCCAAGGAUCCGAGCAGGCCGGUGAUUUUGAUCGGACCGGGAACGGGAAUUGCACCGUUCCGAUCGUUCUGGCAAGAAUGGAGCACCAUCAAACAAGCGUUGCCCGAAUCGGAGAUUCCAAAAGUGUGGCUCUUUUUCGGUUGCCGGACAAAGAAGGUUGAUCUAUACCGCGACGAAAAAGAAGAGAUGGUUCAACACGGCAUUCUGGAUCGUGUAUUUUUGGCUCUUUCCCGAGAAGAGAAUGUUCCCAAGACCUACGUCCAGGACCUGGCCCUCAAAGAGUCGGACUCGAUCUUCGAGCUGAUCUGGAAUGAAAAGGCGCACAUCUACGUCUGCGGUGAUGUCACGAUGGCCGAGCACGUGUACCAGACGCUGAGGCGCAUUCUUGCCACCAAAUUGAACAAAACCGAAUCGGAGAUGGAGAAAUACAUGCUGUCACUGAGGGACGAAAACCGCUACCAUGAAGACAUCUUCGGAAUCACCUUGCGGACGGCGGAAGUGCACAACAAGUCACGUGCCACGGCCCGUAUUCGGAUGGCAUCGCAGCCGUCGUAAUUUGUUGCAAGUGUUCUUUCGAAAUAAACAAGGCGGGUGGUUCAAGAAUGAACGACAUUUAACAAAUUAUGUUCUCUAAAGUUGGAAGUAUUCAAGGUAAAUAAAAAAAACAGCAGUCUUGAAACAGUUCUUCUAGUUACCAACUAUGAACACCAACUAGUAAACCUUUGAAACAUUUGUUUUCAAUUUUACUAAAUUGAGCGUAUUGACCGGUUAUAAUCAAGCUAUUAACUUAGAUGUACUUAACAGCAUCUCUAAAAAAACUUAAUUUUACAAGUUUAUUCCACUAUAUAUCCUCUAAUUUAUCAAAGCACCAAAGUUAGAAACAAUUUUUACGUGCACAAAUCUUAAAACUUCACAUUAACAGAUGAUCAAAUAUCGUCAAAACUAACAAUUGAAAAAAUAACUGUACGAAAAAGUUAACGAAGAAAGAAGUGGCGACAGUAUUUCAUAAU